GCAAUUAAAUUGAUUAAUUCUGAAGUUGAAUUAAUAAAUGAUUCAUACUUGAGUUCAUCAAAUUCAGAUAUAGAUCAAUUAAAAUCUUGCAGAAUAUCAUUAAUAUUAACUGAAUGCAAUUUGCCGAUAAUAUCAGGCUUUGAUGUUUCACGAACAAUUAGAGCAAUGAGACCACCAAUUUCAAAUAUACCGAUUAUUGUUCUAACUACAUUGACUGCAGAAGAAAUACAAAAUGAAUGUAUUGAGUCUGGAAUAAAUGAUUAUCUCUCAAAACCACUGAAAACUAAUGAAUUCGAAAAUGUUUUAACUAAUUGGAUUG